AUGGGCAGAGUCACAGAGGAAGAGAGCGUGACAUCAGCCCCCAGCCCCUACAAGGACCGCCAGCCAUGGCCGGGGGGAGAGAGAUGGCGCGGGGCAGGCAGGCAGGCCCACCAAAGACCCCAGGUCAGCCCUCACCCGGGCAGAGGUGCCCCGGCCUCGCAGGGUUUUCGGCAUGGCUCGCCCAGCCCUGGCAGCGGGUGGGCCCACAGCCCAGGACUGGGGGACCCAAGUCCCAAACAGCCAGGGAGGAGGGCAGGCCCGGGAGAAGCCAAGGCGAUGGACACCUCCAGGGUCCCCGGGAACACCCCCAGCAGCCGCGGCCUCUUCAACACUGCCAUGGGGCCUCUGCAGCGCCAGCUUCGCCUGGGCGAGUACAACCUGCUCAAGUGCGCUGCCAUGUUUGAGAGCGACUUCGUCCAGGUCAGCAAGCAAGGUGGCAUCCUGGAUGUCCACAACCAAGUGCAGCAGGUGCGUGUUGCCAUUGCAGCCACGAGCCCAGGCCUCCUGGUCCCAGACGUGCUGCUGCUGGCCAGGCCAGUCUUCCUCCCUCAACAGCUGCCCCCCACUCUGCAGCACAGGUACCGCCCCCGUGCCCGGAACAGGAAGUUCGAGCUCACCAGGCUCCUUCCGUUGUGCUUCGUCAAGAUCUCCAUCCAUGAUCAAGAGGAGAAACAACUCCGAUUCAAACUGGUGACUGGCCGCACCUUCUACCUCCAGCUUUGUCCCCCAGCAGACAACCAAAAGGACAAUUUCGACUUGUGGGUCAAGGUGGUCCACCUUCUUCGACCCCGCUCAGAUAUUAACCAGGAUAAGGGGCACCAGGACCCAUGGAAGUCUGGGGAUUUACUCCCCCAAGCAACCAGUAGUUCUGCCACCCAGGGCUCGGAAGAGAGAGAGAUCUCCAUUGCAGAAGUGUUGAGCAUCCUGCAGGAGGAGAUCCAGGAAAGUCCUAGCAAUUCAAUGGAGUUCCUGGACAGUCCGAGUGUCCCGCUGAGUCCCAGCCCGACCCUGAUGGCCAUUCCAGAGAGGCCAGACAGCCCUCCCCUGUUGGAGGCCCAGGGCUUCCAGGAGCAGCCCUGGAAGGUCCCCCCAGAAAGGAAGAAGGGGAGUCGAGCGCAGCGGCCGCCCACCAGCAGGUAUGAGACAAGGGAUGCUCUUGCCAGGCCAGAAGGAGACCCAGGAGAAAAAGCAGAACAAGAACAAGAAGUAAGUCUAGCAGAUCCCAACGAAGCCAUUCUUCUAAGAGAGGAGAGCGCAGGGGUCCCGGUUGCAAUAUCCAUCUCCGAAUCCUUGAUCCACGGCCCCCUGGCCCAAAUGGAGGCUGCUCCUGGACCCCCCGGGGCAAGGAGGACGCCAAAGGGAAUUUUGUUGCUGGAGAGAUCCCGGGAAUUUUCCCUUGCUGGGAACACUUGCCGGGGACCGGAGAAACCCACUUCAUCUUCGUCUGGGCCGAGCACAGAAUUGCCGGGAGGGAUCCAUUGA